GCAGGUGGAUAACUGUGCAUGUUCCGUUCUCUGUUAGGUCUGCCACAAAGUCCACCAUCAGGAGUGAAAGCAAUGAAGGAGCAAAUUUCUAUAGAGCCCAAACUGGAAGGGGGACUAGAAGGAGCAGGAAAAGCCACCAGUGCUCUUGGAUCUGAAGGUAUGAUCAAGCAGCCAGGAUGGGGAACAUCAUGCAGGAGCAAAGGGGAAACUUGCAAAGCGAGACAACAACGCUGGGAAGCCCAGUGGCAGGAGUUCCUGAGGACACUCCAUCCAGGAGGAGGAAACCCCCUGAUGAUGUCAGAGAUGUCUCCCUGGGAAGACCCCAAGGCCUUCCUGGCCUCCUUCGAGCAGGUGGCCCAAGCCUGCCGGUGGCCCAGAGGAGAGUGGGCGGCCCGUCUCCUGCCCGCUCUGAGCGGAGGAGUGGAAGAGGCCUUCCAGAACCUGGAAGCCAGAGACCAAGAAGAUUACGGGAAGGUCAAGGCCGCCAUCUUGCGAAGGGAAGCCCUGAGAAUGGAGAUGCAGCGGCAGCAUUUUCGGCAGUUCUGCUGCCAGGAGGUGGGAGACCCCAGGAGGCUUUAUGGCCAACUCCAGCAGCUGUGUCUCCAGUGGUUGAGGCCGGAGAGACGCACCAAGGAGCAGAUCCUGGAGCUGCUGAUCCUGGAGCAGUUCCUGGCCAGCCUCCCACCAGAACUGCGGAACUGGAUCCAAGCCAGGAGGCCAGACACGUGUUCCCAGGCAGUGGCCCUGGUGGAGGACUUCCUCCGGAGCCAGGAACAGACUAGAUCAGGGACAUGGCAGGGUUCCUUAAAGGAAGAGCGGAUGGAUUUCUUACAUGCAGAAGAAAAGCCUCUGGAAGCUAUGAAGAGAGAAAACGAGAACCAAGGCCAUGUCUUUGCAGACAAUGAAGCGGAGGCUGAGCGAGCCCGCCCAACAGACCAGGAGGAGGGUGGAUACCUAGAUCCUUUGGAUGAUGGAAGACAGAGUGAAGUUAAUGAAGAGAAUUCAUAUUAUGGAGGAAAUGUGUUGGAAGAAAAAUGUAGGACGACUCCACAGACAAGCUACAGGAAUAAGGAAGAGAGAGCAGAAAUGCAGGGGGAAGGAGCUGAGUCUGAAGACCAGCAGAGGACAGAGAGAGAGGAGAGAAAGAAUGAAUGUAUAGAGUCGAUUAUCCAAAAUACCAGUAAGUCCACUAAGGAAGAAAUGCCUUUGUUCUCCAAAUAUGGUAGAAGAUAUCGCUAUAGAGUAGAACUUGAUGUGAUCCAUUCCAGUGAGGACUAUGAAGAAUGUCCCAAUUCAGAGGAAAACUUCCAGCAUAAUUCCUCAGUUAGGCAACAGGAGAAAGCCAAAAUAAGUGAGAAAAAGUGCACCUUCUUUGAGUAUGGGAAAGGAAGUCACCAUCAGGAUGAAGAACCUAAUAAGUCUUCUGAAUAUGAGAAAACCAUUAGUUUUGCAGACUCACUGAACAGAAUUCCAACAUGUCCCACAGAAGGUAGACAGUAUGAAUGUUCUCAGUGUGGGAAAUGCUUAAGUACAAGAAGAAACCUGAAGUUACAUCAGAGAAGUCACACUGGAGAAAAGCCAUACAAAUGUUUUCAGUGUGGGAAAUGCUUCAGUCAGGCUGGAUGUUUGAAGACCCACCAAAGAUUUCAUACUGGAGAGAAGCCAUACAAAUGUUCUCAGUGUGGGAAAUAUUUCAGACAGGCAGGAUAUUUGAAGACUCAUCAAAGAUUUCAUACUGGAGAGAAGCCAUACAAAUGUUCUCACUGUGAUAAAUACUUCAGUCAGUCAGGAUAUUUGAAGACCCACCAAAGAUUCCAUACUGGAGAGAAACCCUAUAAAUGUUCUCAGUGUGGGAAAUGCUUCAGUACAGGAAUAAACUUGAAGAGGCAUCAGAUGAUUCAUACUGGAGAGAAACCAUACAAGUGUUCUCAGUGUGGGAAGUGCUUCAGGCAAGCAGGAAAUCUGAAGAGCCACCAAAGAACUCAUACUGGAGACAGACCAUAUAAAUGUUCUUAGUAUGGGAGAUAACUCAAUUGGCAAUGGGAUUAAUGAAAAUGAGAGUGGUAUGAAACACAUGAAAGUGCUAUGUUUGGAAAUAACUGAAACUAGAGAACAGUCAUCGGAGAUUCCAUACGAGAUUUGAGCAACUGUAGAUAAUCUAAAUUCAAAAUUAAAGGAAUGUCAGUAUUGUAUAAAUUCUUACAUCAAUCAGGCAGAUUCUCUUUUAAGCUUCAAAAAACUUUGGGAAGUUGACUUAAACUUGACCAUUUGCUUAGAGCUCUUUCUGGCAUGGAAUUCCUUUUCAAUCUGUUUCAGAAAAUCAUUGCCUAUUAAGAUAACUUUUCUAGACAGAAUGGAAACUUUAGACUGGGAAAAAUAAUUCAACAGUCUUCUUUAAUUAAUCCUGCAGUCUACAAUUUAUUUACCCUAUCUUAAAUGUUGGUGCAAGAUAAAAUAAAGUCUGUUGUUAUUAUUAGAUAUGUUAUCGCAAAACUCUGGAACUCAAAGGGUUUAAGUUUUGCGGGAGGUGGUGGGGUGGGAUCAGCAAUAUUUAGACGUGUGGGAAAUUGCCACAGCUGAAUGAAUGCAGCAGUGAAGAGUUUUGAAGAACUGUAUAUUUAAGGAAAAGUUGAUUCAGAAUUUGUCACUAUUUCUUAGCGAUAUUAAUGUUUUUCCUCAUAGAUUACCUUUGCAUAUAGAAAUAUCUUUUGGGCUACAAAUAUUGGGUAUGAGUGUUUAAAAUUUUUGUAUUUGUAUUUUGUAUUUUAUCUUUUAUGUAUUCAUAAAUAGAUAGAUGGUUAUCUACCUUAAAAGGGUAUCUA